CGUUUCUCUCUCCUAAAACCCUAGAAUCUCUCCAAAAGCUUCUAGUAUUUCCCUCUUCUUCACCGGAUUCGCUAUAUGGAUGAUCAGAACAGUGCCGAUCCAGUCACCGGAGGAUUCUCCACGGACUCUACCUGGACGCUCCACGGCGAUUACGGCUUCUUCGGAAUCAACGAUACUAGAGAGAAUAGCAUAUUGAGCGAGUUCGGAUGGAACUUCCAGCAACCACAGCCGGAAUUCGAUCGGAUCGAUUCUGGAGGUUGUUGUGGUGUGCCGGAGGAUACUAAUCCUACUACUAGUGCGGUUGCGGUUCAGACUCAGGCCGGAUCCGUUGAAAACACAGGGGAUGUAUCCAUGUCAAAUCCUUUGGUUUCCUCCAGUUCAUCUGAGGAUCGGCCGGACUCUUCCGCAGCUUCAUGUGAUGUCGCUUCUAGUGGUAAACCGCCAUCGUCGGAGACAGGGGGUAAGGUUAAAAAGAAGGGGACAAAAAGAAUCCGGCAACAACGUUUUGCAUUCAUGACUAAGAGUGAAAUUGAUCACCUUGAAGAUGGUUACAGAUGGAGAAAAUAUGGGCAGAAAGCUGUUAAAAAUAGCCCUUUUCCUAGGAGCUAUUACCGCUGCACAAAUAGCAAAUGCACUGUGAAGAAAAGAGUUGAGCGUUCAUCGACAGAUCCUACAACUGUAAUUACUACAUAUGAAGGCCAACAUUGUCACCACACUGUAGGGUUCCCAAGAGGACUGAUCAGUCAUGAAGGUGCCUAUGCAAGACAGUUGGCCCCUCCUUCAACGUUGCAGCAGUUCAAUUAUCUGAGAGCUAACUUGCCACGAGUGGGUGAUCAUCUUGGUGCCUCUCAGUCACAGCCACAAGUAGUAGUUAGUGAAACUGGUGAUCACAGUUCUCACAGAAAGCCUCAAGCAUCCUUUCAAGAUUCUCGUGUUGAUCAAGGGUUGCUUGGGGAUAUCGUGCCUCCAAUAAUGCGCAAUAGAUGAUAUUAAGUUCACAAAUGGUGAAUUAAGAUCACAUUUCACGUCAUCCACCGAAAUCUACUCGCUAUUUUCCAGGUAAUUACAAGUGCAAACUUUUGAUGGAGAUAACUUAGCGACUAAAAAAAUUAUAAGUCAUCUACUAAAUUGUUUAUUCAUUCUUAUCAAGUGGCUAACCUUCUCUCUACGUUAGUUUUCACUUUUAAAAUCAUUAUAACUCUGUUGUUGUUCAUUAAUUGAUCAUAAUAUUAUAGUCUUCAAAAUAUAUUUUGUAUAUGUAAUAAUUUCUAAUAUAACUUUUGGACAGAAAAGUCUUAGUGUUUGAUUCAUCUUA